AUGGCUCACGCUAGGCGUGGGAGAACUGCUCUGGGCGUGAUAUCAGAGCAAGGACUCACAAUUUUGGGGUACUGGCAUGGUGCUAGGGGUGAUUCAAUCUCGCCGGGCAUCGAAACUCCAUGGGAGUCUCUGCCAGGGGAGAGGAGGUUGGCUUAUGCCGUUUAUAUGCUAGUGGGAGAGGCUGAACACUGGUGGAGGGGUACUCAUCAAAUGUUAGUUGGUCGAGGAGUGGCGGUUGACUGGGAGUGCUUUAAGAGGAUAUUUCUAGAGAAGUACUUCCCAGAGAGUGUGAGACAUGCCAAGGAGACAGAAUUCAUGAGGUUGCACCAGGGUGGGAUGACGGUGUCUGAUUAUGCGAUGAAAUUCAAGAACUUGGCUCGUUUCUAUUCACAAGCCAUUUCUGAAGCCUGGAAGUGUAGGAAAUUUGUUGAGGGUUUGAAGCAGGAGUUAAAGAGGGUGGUGGUGCCUAUGGCCAUCAUUGAGUUUCCGGCCUUAGUUGAGAAGGCGAAAGUUGUUGAACGGUUGGAAGGUGGCAACCGUGUGAUGAAGAAUGCUGAGGGACCAGCUGGGUCCAAGAAGGGUGGAGGUCAAAGGAAACCUUAUGAUAGGCCCCAACCACAGCAAGGGGGUCUUGUCACAAGGUGUAACCAGGGUCAUGAGUCGACUAGCUGUCCUGCUAGAAAUAGACAGAAUAGGGGUGCUCCAAGAGGUGAUAGACCUACUACAGUUGAGAGGGUGUUCACAUUGACCGGGGCUGAAGCUUCCACUUCAUCUGAUCUAGUGAAGGGGAAGGGAAAAGCUGCUAGUAAGGAUGUGAUGAUUUUAUUUGAUUUGGGAGCCUCUCAUUCUUUUAUUUCUUAUGCAUGUGCUGAAUUGUUGGGUGUGCCGUUGUCCCUUAGUGGUGAGUGA